UUUUUUUCCUUCAGUGGAACAGCUUGCCAAAUCAUCAUUUCCUUAACUGCCUACAGCAAGAGGUUUUGUUUUUGUGUCGGAGAGCAACUUUUAAAGACCAUUUUGAGCGUGGGAAAGAAGUAUUCGACCUCUCUAUCCCUGCUGUAGAAAUUGUAUUGCUAUGAUGGUAGACUUUUAAGAAAACAUUAAAGAUCUCCAGGAAUAUAUGGACACGGACAACUGUGAGCACCUAAAGGCCAAGAUAUGUACCUUUACGACAGUGAAGAUUAUGAAGUGGGUUCGGCGGACUCCUACACCAGCCGUCCGUCAGAUUCAGAUGUAUCUCUUGAGGAAGACAGAGAGGCAGUGCGGAGAGAAGCAGAGCGACAGGCCCAGACACAGCUGGAAAAGGCAAAGACAAAACCUGUUGCAUUUGCAGUCCGGACAAAUGUUAGCUACAGUGCAGCCCAUGAUGAUGAUGUACCAGUUCCAGGCAUGGCCAUCUCAUUCGAAGCAAAGGAUUUCCUACAUGUUAAAGAAAAAUUUAAUAAUGACUGGUGGAUAGGACGCUUGGUAAAAGAAGGUUGUGAAAUUGGAUUCAUACCAAGUCCAGUCAAAUUAGAAAAUAUGAGGCUGCAGCAUGAACAAAAGGCAAAGCAAGGAAAAUUCUACUCCAGUAAAUCAGGAGGAAAUUCAUCAUCCAGUUUGGGUGACGUGGUACCUAGUUCCAGAAAGUCUACACCUCCAUCAUCUGCUAUAGACAUAGAUGCCACUGGUUUAGAUGCAGAAGAAAUUGAUAUUCCAGCAAAUCAUCGCUCCCCCAAACCCACUGCAAACAGUGUUACAUCACCCCACUCCAAAGAGAAAAGAAUGCCAUUUUUUAAGAAGACAGAGCACAUCCCUCCGUAUGAUGUAGUGCCUUCUAUGCGACCAGUAGUCUUAGUGGGGCCUUCCUUAAAGGGAUAUGAGGUGACAGAUAUGAUGCAAAAAGCAUUAUUUGAUUUUUUAAAACAUAGAUUUGAAGGGCGUAUAUCGAUCACACGGGUCACAGCAGACAUCUCGCUUGCCAAACGCUCAGUAUUAAACAAUCCCAGCAAGCAUGCGAUAAUAGAACGAUCCAAUACAAGGUCAAGUUUAGCUGAAGUUCAGAGUGAAAUUGAACGAAUAUUUGAAUUAGCAAGGACAUUACAGCUGGUAGUACUUGAUGCUGACACCAUUAAUCAUCCAGCUCAACUUAGUAAAACCUCUCUGGCUCCCAUUAUAGUGUAUGUAAAGAUUUCUUCUCCAAAGGUUUUACAGAGGUUGAUAAAAUCCCGAGGCAAAUCUCAGGCCAAGCACCUUAAUGUUCAAAUGGUAGCAGCUGAUAAACUGGCUCAGUGCCCUCCAGAAAUGUUUGAUGUGAUUCUGGAUGAGAACCAGCUUGAAGAUGCUUGUGAGCACCUGGCUGACUAUUUGGAAGCUUACUGGAAGGCCACACAUCCUGCCAGCAGCAAUCCCCCCACUCAGCUUCUCACUCGCACGCUGGCCACUGCCACCCUUCCUAUCAACCCUGGCCCAAAUGUUAAUCUACAGGGCUCUCAAGGAGAUCAGAGGAAUGAACCAUCAGCCCCUGAACGAACUGGUUCCCAAGGGGAAGAAGCAGCUAGGGCUGAACCCACCAGGAAGUCCCAACAUCGCUCUUCAUCAAGUCAUCACCAUAACCAUCGUAGUGGAACUAGCCGUGGCCUGUCUAGACAAGAAACGUUUGACUCAGAAACGCAAGACAGCAGAGAUUCAGCAUACAUAGAGUCCAGGGAGGACUACUCACAUGAACACUAUGAUUCUUAUAGAGAUCACAGUCAUAGGGAUGAGUCCCACGGGAGCAGUGAUCACAGGCAUCGAGAAUCGAGGCAUCGCUCAAAGGAGAGGGACCGAGAGCAUGACCACAAUGAAGGCAACAAGCAGCGGAGCCGCCAUAAAUCAAGGGACCAGUAUUGUGACAGGGAUGGUGAAUUGAUACCUAAAAAACGCAACGAUACAGCAGAAUGGAAGAGGGAUGUGUAUAUCCACCAGUAACAUUUGCCAUUGGCAGUUUUGUGUUCUUUUGAAGUUGUGUAUGACA